CAGACACAGACACACACAGACACACAGACACAGACACACACACACACACACAGACACGCACGGACACAUGGUGCUGAUGGUGGUGGCGAGGCUGGCGGCUGGCCUCAUCUCUGCCAGCGCUGGGUUGUUGUUGGACCGGGUUCGGUACGGCACACUGUUGGCAGGGACCUGUUGUUUCGCACUGGAUCUCGGCGUGUUUGGACUGGCGCACUGGCCAAGCCUGCUCGCUGCGACGUCGCUGGCAAUCUUCUUCUCCCGCUUUCGCGUCAUUGGCUUGACCGGCGGCGUUGGCUGCGGCAAGUCGACAGUGUGCAAGAUGCUGACGGAAAAGGGUGCCGUGGUGAUUGACGCGGAUGCCAUUAGCCACAACGUGCUGCUGCGUGGAAGAUGGGGCUACCGACGGUUCGUCGCGGCCUUCGCCAAAGAGAUUGCAGAGCGACCAGAGUUAUUGGACACAGAGUCUGGGCAAGUGAACCGGAGUGUGCUGCGGCAAAUUGCAUUUGAGGACCGCAGUGUAUCGCGGAAGCUCAACAAGGCGCUGCACCUGCCAAUCGGGUUUGAGCUGCUGCAGCAGUUGCUGUCGGCCCGCUUCCUUCACUGGCGGCCCUUUGUGGUGCUCGAUGCGCCGCUGCUGCUGGAGACCGGCCUGAACCACAUCUGCAAGUGGGUAAUCACCGUGUCGUGUACGGAGGAGCAGCAAGUGCAGCGUGUCAUGGGCAGAGACCUGACGACCGCGGAGGACGCACGGCGCAUCAUCGCUACGCAGAUGCCGCUGGAGAAGAAGGUCAAGCUGUCCGACCACAUCAUCGCAAACGACGGCACGCUGGCGCAGCUCCGGCAGCGCGUGGACGCAUGCGUUCGCGCAGCACCCACGUUCUAGCCACCAGCAGCGGCAGAUGCUCGUGCAAUCAGAUGUAGAUUUUUUUUAACUUCUCAAAGGAGAGAUGGAGGUGGAGGACGCGGCGUGGCGUUUCGGUGUGGCGCUGCGUGGACCUGCAUGCGCUCUAAUGUGCCGUAUGUGCC